UUAAAAGGUAUCACAUUGUUUUAAUUACAAUUGUAAUCGUUUUUCCUUCACUGAUUAACCAUUUAGUUGAUUGAUGUUUCUUUGUUCAACUUGUUUAUGUUGAUUUAAGUGAAUUAACAAUUAGAUCUGGGUUCAUGAGGGUGAGGAUUAGUAUCAUGAUAAUUAACGAUUUAUUGAACAUUACAUGAUAACAAUUUGAUUUGGUUCAGUUAUUAUUUGACUGGUUUAUUUUUCUAUCGAUUCUGAAUAAAUCAUCAGUGAAACGUUUACAGUUAAAAUGGUUGAAGCUCAUCUCGAAUGGUCAGUUGAUGAGGAUAACUCGUUGACCGGUGAUUAUGGGUCAAUUUUUAUCCUACUUUUCCUUUAUAUUUUACAAGGUGUUCCAUUGGGUCUAUCGGCGAGUAUCCCGUUAAUUUUACAGAACUACAAGGUGACCUAUUCUCAACAAGCGGUGUUCAGUUUAUACUCAUGGCCUUUUAGUUUGAAGUUAAUUUGGGCACCUUUGGUCGACUCUGUGUACAGUCGUAGGUUCGGUCAUCGUAAAUCUUGGCUUAUCCCGACUCAAUAUCUAAUUGGAUUAGUUUUGUUUCUACUUUCGUUCAAAAUUGACAAUCUACUCGGUCCAUUACCGAAAGAUGAAUCAAUUGCUAUGAGUAAUCAAUCAGUAGUUGAUAUCGAUUUGAUUCCGAGUUCAGGUCAAACACCAUCGGUCAAUAUUCUUGCUGGUGUUUUCUUUUUUCUCAAUUUUCUCUGUGCAACUCAAGAUAUCGCUGUUGACGGAUGGGUUCUGACCAUGUUAUCGAAGCGAAAUGUCGUCUAUGGAUCGACUUGCAAUAAGGUUGGUCAAACGAUCGGUCAAUCUCUUGGUUAUGUCAUUUUCUUAGCACUUCAAUCACCUGAUCUUUUUAACAAGUACCUAAGAUCAACUCCUUCUGAUACUGGAAUAGUAACUCUAUCAGGUUUCCUCUUCUUCUGGUCAAUUGUCUUUCUAGUGACCAAUACACUUGUAUGGAUAUUUAAACAAGAGAAAUCACAGAAAACUGACCAUUCAACUGAUUCAGGAACAAUUCUAGGAACUUAUCUCAUGUUGAUUAAAAUUAUGAAGCUCAAGAGUAUUCAACUGUUCGUGUUCAUCUUGUUAACUUGUCAAAUUGCUUUUUCGAUAACAACUUCAGCGACAUCAUUGAAACUCACUGAGGCCGGAAUCCCGAAGGAGACAUUGGCCUUUCUCAGUGUACCUUUAAUACCAAUGCAGAUGAUUUUACCCUGGUUCUUGAGUAAAUACACCAAAGGUCCGAAACCAUUGAAUAUAUUUAUUAAAUCGUAUGUAUUCAGAAUAAUUUGUGGCCUCAUUUACGGGCUCGUAUUGUUUUGGACUAAGCGUAUCUACGAUCCUGUUACCGAUUCAUUUCCAGUUUACUAUUAUAUUGUGAACAUCAUUGUGUCCGCUCUUCAUCAGGCUGCUGUCGAUAUAAUCUUCGUGGCUUUGUUGGCCUUUCACGCGAGAAUAAGUGACCCAACCAUCGGUGGUACUUACAUGACACUUCUUACAACAGUCACUAAUCUUGGCACUAAUUGGCCUUCAACGGUCAGUUUAUGGCUACUCGAUUACUCUACAUUCAAACAUUGUUCCAUCGGCGAUUCUAACUGUGAUAACGAAGAGGCCAUAACAUUUUGUUCAGCAUCGGGUGGAAAAUGCAACACAACAAUUGAUGGUUACUAUGUUCAAUUGGUCAUCUUGACCAUUCUUGGAUUGAUAUGGUUAAAAUGGGCUAGAAAAAGGAUCGAUAAAAUUCAAAAUUUACCGCCAAAAGAUUGGAAAUGCACUUGACCACUAAAAAAAUUGAUUAAUUUAAUUGUUGUUUUUUUUACUGCAUAAUUAAAGGAUACAAUGUAAAUGUAAUCAUUUAAAAUUAACAAUCAAUAUGAUUGAUAAACUGAUGAUCAAUACAAAAUCAAAUACGCUGUAUGUUGAUAAGCUAAUCAAUUAAAGUUUUCCGUUAUUCACGAGUGAUUAGUUGAUUAAAUCAAACAGUUGGUCAUCUAAUGGUCAGUCUACCAAGAUAAUUCAGUUCGGUAACUUUUUCCAUAUUUAUAUUAUUUUUUUCCUGUGUUUUCAGGUAAUUAAUGCUCCUCCAAUGUCAUCCUCAUGCACUUUCCAACUCACCAAUUUCACAAUUAACGUCAACGUGAAUGGUUCAGUGAUUAACAGUACUUUUCAAAAUUGUUAUACUCCAGUGUCAAAUUUGUGGAAUGGAAUCAAUAAGAUUCUUAGUUUAAUUAAUUUAAUUUAUUCGUGGGCAAACCAUUAAUCUUUCCAAUGUGACUUUUUCCCAUUUUUCCUUUUUUAAGUUCAUUAUCAUUUCAUCGUUUUCUUAUUUUUUUAAAAUAAUUUCAACUUUCUCUCGCUCAAUUUUCACAAAGAUCUUAAUAUGAUCAUCUAACCACUUCACUGUCUCUUGCAAUGACUAUUAAAAGAAAUAAAAAGGAAAAAA